AUGCGUCCUGUAAAUUUUCUGUCGGCGGCUGUUGUGGCCGCGCAAAGUGUCUCUGCGAUUGGCACAAAUGACCAAGUCGAUUCCGACAUUAGCUAUGGCACCUUCAAAAACCCUUCAUCUAAUGUGAGACCACGGUUCAGGUACUGGGCCAACGAUGCAUCUAUGAAUCUAAGCGUUGUCGCCGAGGACAUCAAAUCAAUUGGAAAGGCAGGAGCAGGAGGCAUUGAACUAUUAGGCUACUAUCUGUAUGGAGAUGCAUCUAGUUACGGAGGAGCAAACCAGGCACCAUUACAAACAGACUGGACUGUGUAUGGCUUUGGCAGCGCUCCCUGGAGGACAAUGGUCGACAAGGUCCUCGAAGUAGCAAAGGAAUAUAACCUAAUAAUCGAUUUCGGGAAUGGUCCUAAUCAGGGUGCGGGUGUUCCAGCACCAUACAAUGAUGAAGGUCUUCUUUGGGAUCUUGCUGCCCAUAACUCAACCUUUAACAGCGCCAAAGGCUUUGAGGGUACGCUUCCCGGCUGGGGAUCUGGAAAAUUGGUCGCAGCAACAACUGGCGCGAUCAAAUCGAGCACUUCAUCCGAGGCAGUCCUCUACGAGAGCUCAUUAAAAGACGUUACGAGUAUGAUCGCAUCCAAUGGAAAAAUUAACAUCAAAUCAAGUAGCAAGUCGUCCGGGACCGAGACUGUUCUAUUCGCCUACUAUCUCAUUCACUCCGAUUUCCGCGAAGUAGCCGACCAAACCUCUUCAUCAGUCCCCAAAGCCGUGCCACAGUCACCAGUCACAAAUUACAAGCAGAAUGGAUCAUGGGUGGUUGAUCAUUUCUCUUCUGCCGGUGCCCAAGUGAUCAUCGAUUUUUGGAAGGACUCAAUUUUGAACAAGGAGAUCAGUUCAAGUAUCCAGGAUGUAGGAAAUUAUUUGUGGGAGGAUAGCCAGGAGUACGCUGUUUCAACCUUUUGGACGCCCAGCCUUGAGAAAACAUUCAAGUCCAACCGGGGAUACGAUGUCGCCAAGUAUAUUCCCCUCUUGGUGGGAUCUGGUGGAGAAACCUCUAAUAUCACCUACAUCACUGAUGAAAAAGACUCGGGCGCGAGCCAUGUCGUCGAUUAUCAACAAACACUCACGGAACUCAAUGCCGAGUACCUUCAAGCCCUUACGAAAUGGAGCAAUGACCUAGGAGUCCAAUUCUCGGCACAAGUAGCAUAUAACCUCCCCCUGGACAUGCUUGCCAAUGUGCCCCAUGUAAACGCCCCCGAGUGCGAGACCCUAGGUUUCAGUAACAAUAUUGAUGGCUAUCGGCAAUUCGCCGGACCAGCAAAUCUCGCCGGCAAGCGUAUCAUCUCAAGCGAGGCUGGUGCUAUUUACGGUGGUGCCUAUCAAGAGUCCAUAUCGGAGCUUAUCUGGGGAUUCAAGCGGUCCUUUGCAGCUUCUGUCAACAAUUUCAUCAUUCACGGGUUUCCCAAUUCUGGAAACUAUGGCAACACAACUUGGCCAGGUUUUACAACGUUCACUUAUGCUUUUUCGGAGAUGCAUGGACCCCGUCAACCUGCCUUUGCUUUCUAUUCGGACUUUUUGAACUGGGUCUCCAGAAACCAAUUCAUUCUACAGACUGGAAUUCCUAAAGUCGAUAUUGCGUUUUGGUCAAAAUCGACAACCUAUACGACCGUCUCUACAAGCUAUGAACCAACUGAUUUGUUGGAUGCUGGUUAUACCUACGAGUAUCUGAGUCCCGAUAACUUCGCACUUCCCGAAGCCUACGUUUCCAACGGCAAAUUUGCACCGAAUAGACAGGCCUUCAAGGCUCUAGUGGUCAGAUCAAACGAGACAAUCACGACCCUCGGCGUGGAUAAGCUGGUUAAGUAUGCUCAUUCUGGCCUCCCAAUCAUUUUCUCUGGAGGGUUGCCAUCCAACUUUAGCGGAUAUAACCCAUCUGCCGCCACUAGGGCCAUAAAAUCACUGAAUGGGAUCAAGUCUCUUAAGAAUGUCCAUGUCGUUGGAUCGAAUGACCUUGCAAAGACUCUUCAAUCUCUUGAGAUCACUCCACGAAGCUCAGUCUCCUCAAAUGGUACUUGGUAUACCAUGUGGAGAGAGGACACGACUGAUGCCACUUCUUACGUCUACAUUUACAAUGAUGCGACCGGUAUUUCUUUCGAUAACAGCAAAUCUUCUGGUUCUAUUUCAUUCGAGUCAACCGGUGUGCCUUUCUUCUACGACGCCUGGUCAGGAGAGGUUACGCCGAUCCCGGCGUACAAGCAGUCAAAGACACAUACAACCAUUCCCAUACAAUUAGCUGGGAAUCAAUCUACAAUUAUUGGAUUCCAAAGAAAUGCCAAAGCAGCCGUUCAUAUUGAGGAUACCACUAUUCCUGUUCUCCCAACAACCGGAAGUGGAAAAUUUCUCAGUGUCCUACGAUCCUACGAUGAAAAAUCCCGAACCGUUAACCUGUCAAACGGCAAGAAAGUAUCCUUAUCUCCAAUGACAGAUGAACCUUUCACACUCAGCAAUUGGUCAAUGACCGUCGAGUCAUGGUCCCCGCUGUCAGACUUCUACAACGUGGAAGGAGCAACACGCAAAAAUCAAACAUUCCAUACCCCUUCGCUCGUACCCUGGAACCAGAUCUCAUCAUCACUUACAAAUGUCUCCGGCAUAGGAUACUACACAACUACAUUUACCUGGCCAUCAACUUCAACCAGUGUUUCAGGCGCAUUCAUUGAUCUUGGACCGGUUACACAUACAGCACGAGUAACGGUGAAUGGGCACCAGUUGCCAACCCUAGAUAUCACCUGGGCUCGAGCGGAUGUUGGAUCUUUCCUUCGCCAAGGCAAAAAUGUCGUGGAGGUUGUUGUCAGCACCCCCCUGGGUAAUGUGCUGCGGAAUUACUGGGAUCAGCUUGAGACGAGCGGGAAGCAUGCAGAGGGAAUUGCUGCUGUACCGAGUGAGGCAGAUUAUGGCCUUGCUUAUCCUGUGAAGAUUGUACCAUAUCGGAAGGAUCAGUUAGAGUAG